AUGCCACUGGAAUUGGGCAAAAAAGUUGUCAUCUCCAAGCAUUCUCCCAUGCUUAAACGUCAGGGUAUGGGUUGUGCCGAUUCCGCCAGUGGUGAUCGAAAUGAGCAGCAAAUGCUAUUUCCCAAAUUACAUGGAAGUGAACGAAUUUCACCUUCCACACAAGCUGACUCUAUCAGUUUUCAAUGCCGUUUGCUAAAGCAGAAAAAUAAAGAGCGAAACUUACUAGAACAGCAGCCAAACGCUUCAUUUGUGGUAGAAACAAAGGAAGAGCUUAAUCAGAAUAGGGGAAUUUUGAGUCAAGAGGGAAUUUUGAGACGAAUGAGGGCGGAAAAAACACUUGACCAGAUUAUUCGCAGCACAAAACCUAGCUUUUGUCGUGCUCGACCUUCCACUUCAUCGGAGAAAGCAGACAAUGAGGAUAGAAACAUUUCGAAUGUAGAAAAUUUUGAAGGAUACUUAUCUGAUCCAAAAUUCGGCGGUGAAACAAAUGACAGGUCUGUCGGCUCCCCAAAUUCUAGCAAGGAACAGCCCAUUCAAGAAGUUGCCCCCCUGAACUCCACUGGUGAAUUCCAGGAUAAAUCUAACGACUCUUCUAUGGAUAAUCAAGAACCAAAUUUUGACGGCGAAAGGGUAUUCAGGAAGUAUCGCGAUGGCUCUGCCAUUAAGUUCCAAGCCACAACGGAAUACAUAGAACUACCGCUCAGCAAAGAGAAGGCACGAGUCCCAUUGAAGAAGAUCCUCCCAGUGAAACACCUUCCCACUGACCCACUGACUAAACUUAGAAAAGAAAAAUGUCUCUUUUCUGUCGGUUUUAAGGUAACAGAUCGAACAGACAGCAAUAAGACACUGAAUGAUAAUGAACAAAUACAUGUAACCGCUCUGAUUCGUCUCUGCGAAGCCUACACCAAGAACCUCGGUUCAAAUUAUCUCCGUGCUUUGGCAAAGGAAAGCGUCAUCCCUCUGAGUUCAUCUUAUGUAGAUGGAAACAAACAUUUAGAGUGGCAUGGAGGUGCAAAGAUUGUUGAAGAUGCGACCGAGCGUUUAUGGAACUGGGAGAAGUCUCUCAUCAACAGCAACCUUCUUCGAGACUAUCAGGGUCGACCAGUAUUCAACAAAGACCUCGACAUUCGUCAUAUCUCGGAGUCACCAGAUAUUUAUCAGGUGUCCCUCGGACCCAACGAAUACGACGCGAAGUCGGAUUUGGGUGCCCUUCUGAUAAGGGAUUCAGACUCUUCUACUGACGUGGAAUUUGAUGAGGUGGAUUUCAUAAUUGGGCACUCUGCUCACCCCUUCACCGAUUCCAUCAUCCUAGCUGGAGGCCUGCAUCCUUCAAAAGCGCGCGACCGAUAUUUGAUGCGACAGAAGGCGAACAAGGAUGCAUCACAAUCCACUGGUGUAAUGCAUUCUCAAAUUAAUUCCAUUCAAGAUGAAAAUGCCGCCGAAGAUAUGAAUGAAGAAACUAUAAAAGAAGGCGGUGAAAAUCCGGAAGGGUUACAAGCAGUCUCACCACUUUCGGUAGGGGCAGAGGCAGAGGGUGUCUUGAAGACACCCACGGAGACGACAUUCACCUCAAUGGAACCGACGUCAACCACAGCCACUAGUGCUUCGCUUCCAGAAGGAGGACCUGGAGAGAGGCAGAAGGCUCCCGUCACCGCUACCACCUCUUUGAAAGCAUUGGCACCUCAGAAACAUCGGAGAGGAAAUGACGCAACCCAAUCUAAGGCAGAGUCCAAGAGACAAGAUCGGACACGAUUUACUCGGCGAAAUCGCGGCGAUAAGCGAGCGCGUGAUCCUAUUGAAAUGCCAAAUGAAUUUCCAGUAGAUAACCUGCGAUUCGGCUUUGAAAAUGUCGCUGUUGAUUGGUGCGAGGUAGACGAGCUUGUCGGUAAAAUUUUGAUCAAUUAA